UCUUUGGGUGCCUCCGCAUGCUCCCUCCCUCUCGCUUUGCCGUUGGGGUAGGGAUGCAGGUAGGACAGGCAGCCCUAGGCUUCCUCCCUGCCCCAGGCUUCCUGGGCUGGGAUCCCCUGGGCUGCACCAUUGGCAUGCGGCUCCCGGCAGGACUACAUCACCGCUAGAGGAGAUGCCAGCGCAGACCCGCGCUGCGCCGCAUGCAGCCCGCAGCGCCGCCGGCAGCUCGGGGUCCCCAAAGGCGGCUGUCAUUGGUCUAUGAGAAUUGUCAGCUCAUGCCUUUAUUUCCUAUGAUGCCUAAGGUGACAUGACCUUCACCACCACAAUGAAUCAGGAAAAACCUGUCAAAUCCUCCUAGCUCCCGGGCUGUGCAAUUUGCUGUUCCUUGCUGCUCACCAGACAGCAGCUCUUCCCACCCAAAGCACAGAAGAAGCCAGCAAGUUACAAAUGACAGCUGAAAAGUGAAGCAUUAUCAAAAGCUGUGUGAGACUCUGUCAAAGAGAAACUUUAUAUAGUAAUUCUCCUUCUGAGUCUGGGAAACUGUGUAUCCCGUCAGUUCCAAAGAACAGAGAGAAGAUAUGUUCAAGUAAGCAAUACCAGAAAUUGCUCAAAAUAAUACAUAUAUUAGAGUAUCUACACACAGUGAUCUACAGCAAUUAGAAAUUUCCAGUCAGAAUGGAUGAUGGAUAUAGAAACACAAACCUCUAUCAAGGGGGCAGAGAUGCAAACCAAGUCUCAGAUGACUACAGGUACCAGGAUGGUAACUACGAAGGGUAUGCACCCAAUGACGGCUACUACCGUGGUGGGGAUGAGCCUGCUCAUGAAGAAGAUGCCCAGAGUGAUGUUACGGAAGGCCAUGAUGAAGAUGAUGAGGUCUAUGAGGGAGAGUACCAAGGGAUUCCACACCCAGAUGACAUUAAAGAGAAGCAGAAGAAGCGAGCUCCUGCCAUGGCUGAUGAAUACAGAGACCGCUCUGACCUUAUGGCAGAGAGGAUGGAGGACGAGGAGCAACUCGCCCACCAGUAUGAGAACAUCAUUGAGGAGUGUGGCCAUGGACGCUUCCAGUGGACUCUUUUCUUUGUUUUAGGGUUGGCACUGAUGGCAGAUGGGGUGGAGGUGUUUGUGGUUGGAUUUGUUCUUCCCAGUGCUGAAAAGGAUAUGUGCUUAUCCAGUUCCAACAAAGGGAUGCUAGGUUUGAUAGUCUACUUAGGAAUGAUGGUGGGGGCUGUCAUGCUGGGCGGCCUUGCUGACAAACUGGGAAGAAAGCAAUGCCUCAUCAUAUCACUUGCAAUCAACGCUGCCUUCGCAUUCCUCUCCUCCUUCGUCCAGGGAUAUGGAUUCUUCCUCUUCUGCCGCCUUAUCUCGGGCCUCGGUAUUGGGGGUACCCUCCCUAUCGUGUUUGCCUAUUUCUCUGAAUUCCUAUCUCGUGAGAAGAGGGGGGAACACCUGAGCUGGCUUUGCAUGUUCUGGAUGAUUGGUGGCAUUUUUGCCUCAGCAAUGGCUUGGAGCAUCAUCCCACAUUACGGUUGGGGGUUCAGUAUGGGAACCAAGUACCACUUCCACAGCUGGAGAGUCUUUGUGCUUGUCUGCUCUCUGCCCUGUGUCGCCUCCCUGGUGGCACUCAAAUUCAUGCCUGAAAGCCCACGGUUUUUGCUGGAGAUAGGUAAACAUGAUGAAGCCUGGAUGAUCCUCAAGCAAGUUCAUGACACCAACAUGAGGGCCAAGGGCGAGCCAGAGAGGGUGUUUACGGUUUCCUAUAUCAAAACUCCAAAGCAAGUGGAUGAAUUUAUUGAAAUCCAGAGCUCAACAGGGACCUGGUACCAGCGGUGGAUGGUCAGAAUCUCAACUACUUUUAAACAGGUCUGGGACAACGUGCUAUAUUGUUUAACAGCCCAGUACAGGAUGAACACACUGAUGCUGGCUGUGGUUUGGUUUACAAUGGCCUUAAGUUACUAUGGCCUUAUUGUCUGGUUCCCUGAUAUGAUCCGGUAUCUCCAAGAAGAGGCAUAUGAAUCCCGAAUGAAGGUCUUUGAUGAGGAAGAAGUUUCACACUUCACCUUUAAUUUCACUCUGGAAAACCAGAUCCAUAGAAAUGGGGAAUACAGAAAUGAUAAAUUUAUUGGCAUGAAGUUCAAGGAAGUGAGAUUUGAGCAUUCAUUGUUUGAGGACUGCUACUUUGAAGAUGUGACAUCCAGCGAGACCUUCUUUGAAAACUGCACCAUCAUCUCUACUAUCUUUUAUAAUACUGAUCUCUAUGAACACAAAUUCAUCAACUGCAGGCUCAUAAACAGCACGUUUAUGCAUGAGAAGGAAGGCUGCCAUCUGGACUUUGAGGAGGACAAUGAUUUCUUGAUCUACCUGGUCAGCUUCCUGGGCAGCCUGUCUGUGCUGCCAGGCAACAUCAUCUCUGCGUUACUCAUGGACAAAAUAGGGAGGAUAAAGAUGAUCGGUGGCUCGAUGUUGAUCUCAGCAGUGUGCUGCUUCUUCCUCUUCUUCGGCAACAGCGAGUCGGCAAUGAUCGGCUGGCAGUGCCUCUUCUGCGGAGCCAGCAUCGCUGCCUGGAAUGCCCUGGAUGUGAUCACUGUGGAGCUCUACCCCACUGACAAAAGGGCAACAGCCUUUGGCAUCCUCAAUGGGCUUUGCAAGUUUGGUGCCAUCCUGGGGAACUCAAUCUUUGCCUCCUUUGUAGGGAUAACUAAGGUGGUUCCCAUCCUUCUGGCUUCCUCUGCUCUGGUUGGAGGUGGCCUGCUCGCUUUGCGCCUGCCAGAGACUCGAGAACAGGUCCUGAUGUGAUCAAGUGAGUCCAAAGAGGUUGGGGGGGGGCAGAUGCAGAAGAACUGAAAAGAGCCAUAUUUGGGGAAAUCAAAAUGUCCAUUUCUACAUUGUUCUGUUGAUACCUCAAAGAAGACAAUGGAAGCAAAGAAGAGCCCAAAGGGAUAAAAACACUCCCCCUAAAACACCAUUUAACAGUCACGACUGGUGCAUGCAGCUACCACACAUCCCUUGCAGAGCUUGGGUUUAACCUAGCCUACGCUGGGAGCCUGCCCUUUCCUCUACACCCCAGUGUAACAACACAAGAAGAGAACAUCUGUUUCAUGCAUGUGUGAGCGUGUCUGACGGGAGAACAGAUCCUGACCCCCUCAUGCCUUUGCUGAGCUGUGAGAUGCUGCCUUGCCUGGUGCUCCUUGGCAACUCUUAUCAGCUAUGCUCAGACACAAAGGGCAUCUGGAGUUGAGGCAAGCGGCAGAUCUACUGUAGGUGAGCUCCAGCAAUAGGGACUGGAGCAACAAAUGUGGCUGGUGACCCUAACUGUCUUGAUUUGGGGGUUACCAACUAAGCCACCUGCAAGAGAGAAUCCUGAUUUCUGGAGGAUGUGAGGGUGGAUGCUCAGCUCUCACAGAAGAUUCAGAGUUUCAAAGCCCUUUAUUGUCUUUACUCGGGCAUAGAGAAUCACUAUGGUCUGGGAGAGGAAUAUAUACAUAAUUUUAUAUAUAUAUAUUUACACAUACUUGCAAAUGUACUCACAUAUUGAAGUCAUCAGCUAUUGAAAUUUGCAAUUUUUAAUCUCAGCACGGUUAAGAUCUUAAAAGAGACACUAAAAAGAAUCCUAAUAAUUCAAGAUUAUCUGCAGUCAUAACCAACUUAGUGACACUUCAUUCUUUAUAUCCAGACACCAAAUAUUUAAAUGUAUUGAUGGCUGGGAAUAUAUAUUUCUAUGAUGAUUCAGAGGGUUUUUUUCCUGCUGUUUUCACAGAGGAUGAAUUGAUAAGAUGUUGGAGCAUUCCACAAACCAAAUGUGUACAUAUUAUCCAGUGCAAACAGGGGACUUUUUGUCAAAUACCUAAAGUAUGGUAACUGUGAAUUUACCAGCAUUUUAGCCAUAUUAUUUAAAGAAUAUGAUGUUUGAUUUUCUUAUAUUCUUGGGUCUCAUUGAAGCACUAUAAGCACAGUUACUUAAAGCCAUUUAACUUGUUACACAGGGAAUGCACGCAGCAAGCUUUCACUGUACAGAACAUUAAAUUCUCCAUUAAGUGGCCCAUUUAAAUUUGAUAUCCUGUAAAGACCAUUUCUGAAAUUCAUAUGCUCUUUUUAUCAUACAGCUUAAGUCCUGUUGCAUCUAAAAGCAGCGUGAGUUGCGUAGUUUGGGCUAUAUUUUCUUGGGAGGCGAGAAUGAAAUGCAUACUGUUAAACACACCAGUGCUCACAAUUGAUGAGAUAAUGCUAAUUAAACCCUUUUAACAAGCCCAACAAUAGACCACAAUUGAUCACAAACUGUCAUAUAAUGCAGGAAAUUUGUCUCACCAGGAUAUUUAGUGACAUAAAAAUUUCUUUGUACUUUUGCUAUUGAUCUUCCCAUUUAUCUUUCUUUGGAUCCAUUUUUUUCUUCCUUUUUUCCACUUUUCUGUAAGAAAAACAAGCAAGGCUAGGCUGGAAUCCAGCAGGUCUGAAGUCUAACACCUCUGCCUUCAGCUGCACAGAGAGCCAAGUACAUUAGCAGCACAGGACCAGUCCCAUGCAACA